AUGAAGAUUCAGGAUCGUACAUUCAUCAUCUCUGGCGGUGCAUCAGGCCUUGGUCAGGCUUGUGUAGAGGAUAUAUGCGCCAACGGCGGUAAUGUAGCCAUCUUGGAUAUGAACGAAGAAUCCGGUCAAGAACUGGUUAAGAAACUCUCCACAUCCACCAAAUUCUUUGAGUGUAAUGUUUUGGAGACGGAGAGCGUUACCAAAGCAGUGCAAGAUGCUGCCAAGUGGGCAAAGGAGACAGGCAAGCCUUUAGGAGGUGUGAUAGCAGCAGCUGGUGUUUCGACACCCGCAACAAUCCUUGACCGGAAUGGCACCGCCUUUGACUUGGAAAACUUUGACUUUGUCCUCAAUGUCAACCUCCGCGGCACCAUCGAUCUCGUCCGCCAGACUCUGGAGCAUCUGGCCAAGGUAGAUCCUCAAGGACCCGACGGCGAGAGAGGCGUUGUCAUCAUGGUGGCAUCUUCAGCAGCAUUCGAUGGUCAAAAGGGUCAAGUUUCUUACUCUGCCAGCAAGGGCGCCGUAACGGCCAUGACUUUACCCAUGGCGAGAGACCUCGCGCGAUUUGGAAUUCGAGUCGUGACUAUUGCGCCAAGUCUCUUUGAGAGCCGAAUGACGAGCGUGAUGCCCGAAAAGGUCAGAAAGAGUCUUGAGGGUGCGAUGGAAUUCCCAAGGAGAGCUGGUCAGCCAAAUGAGUUUGCGCAAUUGGCGCGACAGGGGAUUGAGAAUGUGAUGCUGAAUGGAGUUGUUAUGAGAUUGGAUGGUGCUAUGAGAAUGCCCAGCAAGAUGUAA